AUGUCUCUUGAUUUGGAAAAACACCUCACCUUUUACGGUGCAUACCACUCCAACAAGGUCAAUGUUGGCAUCCACAUGAUCUGCGUGCCCUUGAUCCUCUUCUCGGGCUUCACAAUUGCAUCAAAUACGGGCCCUCUGUUCCAUCUGCCCAGCUGGCUAGUCAUUCCACACCUGGAGCCAACGCUCGGCACACUGGCCGCCCUUACAUGGGGAGGCCUGUACCUGCUGCUCGAGCCAGUCGCCGGUACUCUCUUGGCCAUAAUAUGCCUGGGCGCCGCCGCGACUGGAAAUCGCCUCAUCGAGGUGGACGCUGAGACUACGACCAAGGCCGCCAUUGUCGUACACGUUGUCUGCUGGAUCCUCCAGUUCAUCGGCCACGGCACAUUCGAGGGUCGUGCCCCGGCACUGCUUGACAACCUCAUGCAGGCCAUUUUCCUCGCGCCCCUCUUCGUGUGGCUCGAAUUUCUGUUCGCCCUGGGAUACCGGCCUGAGCUCCAGGCUCGGGUUGAAAAGGCCGUUCAGAAGGAGAUUGCCAAGUUCAAGGCGAGCAAAGAGGCCAAGAACGGCAAGGCGAACUGA